AUGCAGGUUACUCUCUGGUCCGUGGCUCGCGCCAUCCUUCUUCUCGCCACCUCUCUCCAUUCGGUUCAUGGCCGGGCCAUUGACACUCCUCGGGCGCUGAUCCCGACCCCCGGCCAGGACCCGUUCUACGUCCCGCCGGCCGGCUUCGAGUCGGCCAGUCCCGGGGCCGUCCUGCGCUCCCGCAAAGUCGUGUCGUCGUUCUUUGCCCUCGUGCCCAACCCGAUCGAGACGUACCAGAUCCUGUACCGCACCACGGCCGUUGACGGAUCCGCCAUUGCGGGCGUCACCACCGUCUUCAAGCCGGCCCUUGCCAAGCGGGACCGCUUCGUCACCUGGAACACGGCCUACGACAGCUCGGCCACGCAGUGCAACCCCAGCUACACGUACCGCCUCGGGUCCAGCGUCUUGCCGUCCAUCUUCACCACGAAUGCCAUCGAGCAGCUGAUUAUCGAGCUCUACGUUCUCAAGGGCUACAUUGUUUCGUCGCCCGACUAUGAGGGCCCGGACGCGGCCUUUACCGCGGGCCGGCUCGCUGGCAUGGGCGUCCUGGACAGCAUGAGGGCCGUGUCCAACUUUGGCAGCACCCUGGGCCUCUCGACGACCAAGCCGGCCAUUGUCGGCGCCGGCUACUCGGGCGGCGGUCUUGCCACGGCUUGGGCUGCGGCGCUGCAGCCGAGCUAUGCCCCCGAGCUGCCCGUCAAAGGCUGGACGGCGGGUGGGAUCCCUGCUAACCUGACGUACAUUUUUGAGUCGAUUGACGGAAAGCUCUUGAGUGGUUUCGAGACGAUUUCCCUCGCAGGUCUCCGGAAGCCGUCCGCGUAUGGAGCCACUCUGAAGCCGUUCCUGGAUGAGCUCGCCACGCCGGCCCUGCAAAAGGUGCUCACUAUCGCCGACACCCAAUGCACGGUGCCGAACCUCGUUGCUUUCCCGUUCCAGUCUCUGUUCGACACCAAGUAUCAGAGCGCUGGCAAGGACAUUCUCGCAUCCCCAACGUUGCUCUCCGUCUUACAGGAUAAUACACUGGGCGUCGACAAGGCGCAGAAGCCGUCGGUGCCUUUUCUCAUGUUCCAUGCCAAACCCGAUGAGCUCGUCCCAUACGCACCGGCGGCCAAGACCCGCGACACGUGGUGCGCUGAUGGCGCCACGAUUCAAUUUGUCGAGUACGGAAAUGGUGGCCAUGGAACGACGGCUGUGCUUGGUCUUCCCGACGCUCUCCAGUUUGCGGACGAUUCGUUCAACAACAAGAUUGCUUCUGGGUGCACGAGCAAGACUGUUCUUGACAGCACCCUCAACCCCCUUGCCUUUGGCAUCUCGUUGGAGCCCCUGGCUAUAGGGCUGAUUAACUAUUUAGCUGCCCUGGGCAAGCAAGAUGCGAAUUGGCUAGCUGGUAUCAAGAGCGGCGCAGUUACGCGAUGA